AUGGUAGUGGGAUGUCGUUGGGUCUACAAGAUCAAAACUAAGUCUAAUGGUUCUGUUGACAGAUAUAAGGCUCAUUUGGUUGCAAAAAAGUUUACUCAAAAAGUUGGUUUUGAUUAUGAGAAGACAUUUGGACCAGUUGCUAAGAUGAAAUCUAUACAUGAUAUGAUUUUAACUGGAGAUGAUACAGAUGAAAUUGUAGAGUUGAAAUCAAAGUUGCACCACCACUUUGAAAUGAAAGAUUUGGGACCCCUGAAAUACUUCAUUAGCAUUGAGGUAGCCUAUUCUCCUAAGGGUUAUCUCCUCUCUCAAUCUAAAUAUGUAGCAGAUGUCAUUCAAAAAACUCGCCUUACUGAUACUCGAACUAUAGAAACUCCUCUUGAACUUAAUGUUCAUUAUACCUCUUCUAAUGGGGUUCCAUUAGCGGAUCCAACUUUAUACAGUAUUAUUGUUGGCAAUUUGGUUUAUCUCUCCAUCACUCGACCUGAUAUUAUAUAUGUGGUUCAUAUUGUGAGUCAAUUUAUCUCCUCUCCCAAUACGAUCUAUUGGGAUGUUAUUCUCCGUAUCUUACAUUAUAUCAAAGGGACAUUGUAUUGGAGUAUAUUACUCCCUUCUACAUCUACUUUGGAACUUCGUGCUUAUUCUGAUGUUGAUUGGGCAGGAGAUCCUACAGACCGCAAGUUCACAACUGGUUUCUAUAUUUUUCCUAGUGACUCUCUCAUUUCCUGGAAAAUCAAAAAGCAAUCUGUAGUUUCUUGUUCUUUUACUGAGGCUGAGUAUCGUGUCAUGACUUCAACUAUUGCUGAAAUAGUUUGGUUGCAUGACUAUGGCUUGCUCAUUUUGUUGGAUGCAAACAGUUCCGACGCGACACAUAUAACUGUGCAGUUAUAUGUGGAGACCAUUCCUCAAAUUGGUGUCGUCAAGGAUAGGCAGACCAAGACGCCUGCCAAACAUGUGGCUAAAGUGGAAGAAUACACCCAACAAACACAUCAUUAUAAAAUGACUACGUGUAGUAUGGAUGAGCAGCACAGGAUUUCAAAGUUUGGUGGGACAACUACUGUGGAUUUGAAUGAAGGUCCAGGGUCAUCUGUAAUGCACUGA